AGCCAACGUUUUGAACUCUACUCAGCUCUCUUUCGACGACGCUCCCCUGUCUGUUCGUCUCGCCUCGCCCCGACGGGAUCCUGCAGCUCACCUAGAAUGGCUCGUUGCUGGCGUCCAUUUCUAUUCGACCAGCAUUGGGCUAGCCCCAGCUUCCCGAGCUUAACAACAAACGCCAGCUGACGCCAAAAUGCGGUGAAUCGGUGUUGCAGCAAUGAAUAAAGCCAGCAGAGCCUCUUGUGUGUCUGGUCAGCCUUUCAGUGUUCCCUCGCCGUCUUCUUCGCUACUAGGAUUCCUAAAGACUGGCCUUACCUUCAUUCGUCGACUCUUGAUAGAUGCUCACUGACUUACCACCGUCAACCCAACCGAUGACCCCAUUUGUCACACCUGGCUCUUGCAUUCUUUGAACUUCGCCAGUCGAUCCAGCUCCAGUCUCUUCUGCCGUAAAUUAUUUCACGUCAAGCCUCACUCAAUCUUUCUCGGUCAACUCUCGUCUCGACUCUUCGUUGACGUCCCACUCACCCCUCCUCCAUCUGGUGUACUACCUACUGCUUGUCAACACCACCCUUCCUAGCAGAAAACACAUGAGCCGCACAAUCACCCAACGACAGUUCGCCGCCAUCGACCCCUCCCUUGUACCAGUUCGAAGCCAUUGGGCCAGCCUGCAUACGAUCCGUGGUCCCGCAUUCGAGCCACGACUGUAGACGUGGUCGGCCUGCUCUCAUUCGAUCUCUCCACAUAGCUUCCUUCGCUUCCCCACGCGACUUCUUCCAUCUCGCUCUUCAGUUUCUCCCUCCAUUUCCAGCUCGAGCCCCGAGAGCUGCUGGUGCUUGCAGUGCAGCAUACAUACGGCUCCAGCGAAACAGCUGCUCGCCUUCCCAAGCUGGUUCUCGACGGGCAAACCAGACCAUUUUGCAACCCAUUGUCGUUAUCUCCUUACCGCCACGCCGUCAAUCGACUUUAACACGGCUCGUGCCUUUUAGCUAGGUCCGUUUUAACUUCUCUCUGUCAUCCUUAUCCCUACCUCCUACCUCCCUCCCCUUUUCUUGUCUUCUCAUUGUUCAAUCUCACUAUUGCUGGUCUUCUCUCCCGCACAUACAGCCUUAUGAAAGACGUCUGCGGGGUUGGAGGGGGAUCUCACGUUGUUGUUAUGAGUUGACCGUAGAUGAAUAUUGUUUUACUGGCCAUCUCUUGCACUGCGCUCACCCACUCUAAUUCGGUGUAAACCAAUUCGCCUGAUAUCACAGCUAAGAUGUUUCCCAGAAGUUAUCCCUACAGUGGCAAGUCUAUUUUCAGGAUGGAUCCUGAUUGCGCGAUAUGCCACGCUCCGGCCAGCAUGGCAUGCGAGUGUGAGGCUAAGGGCCUUGACGUUGCUGUCAAACAAGCCGAGGAUCGCAUGAUGCGGUCGAUAUACAAUGAAAUACGUUCUUGGGUCCGAGGACAUGCACAAGACUACAUACUUGAAUACUUCCGCCUCCUAACUGAUCAACGAAAAACUGCCCAUGCUGCGCAUAUGGACCGAAUUACUGCCCACGCCUAUCACUACUACCACGCACCGCCUCAUCCGACACAAGUUGCGGAAGCGCAAGCGUCCCUCAAACGCGGCAUUGACGAAGACUGGCAAGCGAGCGUACAACGGUAUCCUGAAGUUUUGGAAUAUUUCUUUGGACUUGUUGAACUCACCCUGCCGGCGGAGGAUGAACCAGCUGUAAAGGAUCCGCCAUUGGGCUCGUUAUCAAACUCGCGAAAAGUGAAUCGUCGAAGCGGUACUGCCCCUCCUGGCGCCUCUGCUGUAGUAGCACCUCCAGGAUAUCGUGGUGAUCCAGGCCAGAUGCAUCCACAGGAGCCUCCCAUGCCCCGACCCGAUCGCCGAACUCCCGGCCCUCAAAUGAGGCGGCCUAAUUUUGGGGCUAUCCCGCCGCCAAUGCCGGGUGCCUAUAAUUUCCCUCCUCCAUACUAAGCGACUUCAAAUGGCCAAUACGUUAAUUGUGAGCAUCUAUCCAGGUGCUGAGUAUGCUACAAAAAUCCAUAUUACGAUUUCUACGAACAUCACGACCAUUGCAUAACUAGGCCCUGGAGUAUUACCGGCCUAGCAGACCACGGUGGCACCAUUACUGGGGAUUUUGAAGUUUGGGCUGACGUUGCCAUUUGUGUUUGAGUAGAAGCUUCCCGUCUGGCAUUUUUUCUUUGGAGUAACCGGGGUAAACAAAGUUUGGCGAUUUUGUCUGUAUCUGAAAUUACAAAUACCACGCCACUGAAGGCAAAAUUAUGAACAACACCACAACUUACUUUGCCUUUUUGACAUGCACCACGGCGAACAAAGCCAUGUCUUGGUUGGUCGUGUGGGAAACGAUGCGAAAGAGGGGCACGCAUCCGAGGCAGUCAAGGUCAUGGCGAUAGGUCGAAGGAUGUGAGCUAGGUUAUGCAAGCUCAUGCCGGCGUUUUCAACACAUCAUCUGCUGCAGUAAGACGACACUCUACUGUGCAUACAUCGUUACAUGACCAGGUCUUGGCCGACUGCAUACACGCAUGCACACAACAGGAAAAACAAGCAAAAAAGUGUUGACCCAAAGAGGCACAGUAGUAUAUGCCCGACCCCAGGCUUAGCCCAACUAAAACUUCGAUGCAGAUUUACAUGAGCUCAUCAUGUCUGAGCAAAUCUGUCCAUGAGCGGCAGUAAGCAAUAAACCCGACCUUAGGGUUUAGAUCUACAGGGAACCCGAUAACCGAGCUUCAAGUCACGCAACUUUAAACGAUAAUAGAUGCAAUGCAUCAUCAAGUUGAACUAACUUUUUGUCAUUUUCCUUGCGCAUGACUUUAAUAAGAAACUGCGCCUAAUUACAAAAACAGCACAAAAAGCGCUUUUUAGAUUCGAGCAUGUGGCGUUGAAAGAGGGGGGGGGGGGGAGGGAUGUAUGAAGCAGGAAGUAACUCGGGCAAUAAAGUUGGUGGGCAAGACAACUUUGAAUAACGUUUGAUAUAAGCUCAACGUUUGAUUCGGUAUGCCGAGUAGGCGCCGGAAGAAUCCAACAGAUCGGAAAGGACGAGGACAAUAAUAUCAACUAGGGCGAGGUAGAGAGCGCGCAGGGGGGAGUAGUAAGCCCAAGAAGCAUCGACGGUAUGGGAUAUUACCGACGAGCAACCGAUGUUGCGAUAAGAAGGAAGUUUACGACUCCUGCUUAUCAGCAAUGGAAGUCUCCUUCAGGUCAGCAGUGGUCUGCUCAACCUUGUCGCCAUUAGCCUCAGCGGCCUCGAGUUCGGCGAUCUCCUUCUUAGCCUUCUCAAUGUUCUGAAAUAGUAAUUAGCAUAGUCUCUUCACAGGCGCUUUGUGAGAUUGAUGACUUACACGCUGCGUCUGCGCAUCCUGGUCAUUCUUCCAGAAAUCGAGCUUGGCACGGACCUUCUCAGCAACAGCAGGGAUAUCGGCAGCACUCAUGGGAGGGUCGAUACCCAUGGCAGCACAGUCCUCGACCACAGCUGGGGGAACGUUGAACUUGUUCGAUGAGCCGCCGUGAGCAGUCUUCUUGCCCUUCUUACCCUUCUUCACCGCAGGGGCGUACUCCUCAUCACGGUCUUCCUUGCGAAGGAGUUUGGUACCCUUGAGGCCAGAUUCGUCAACGCUUCGUUGGGCCUGAGCACCGAGACCCGUAUCGGCCAUCAGAGGACCCUUCUCAACCUUGUGGUUAGGAUCGAGAAAUUGGAGCAGGCUGUGGGCGCGGCGGAUCUCGUCUAGGUAGGCAGGGUCGCUGGCAUCACCCAGACGACGCUCAGCCUCAGCCUUCUUUCGCUCUUGGUGGUAGCGCUCCUGCUCAGCCCUUUGCUUCUCGCGGUAACGCUCUCGAGCCUCACGGUCGUAGGCCUGAUAUGCCUUCUUCUGUCCGUAAUAGUCAUCCUUGAGCUUACGGAUGGCGGUGUACUUUUCCUGCUGUUCUGCCUGAAGCUUGGAGCGCUCAUCACGGAGACUGGAAAGACCCUUGUAAGCUUCGUCCUGCUCAGCCUUGAUAGCAUCGAUCUCGGCUUGGAUCUUGUUAUACUGGUCGGAGAGAGCCUUUUGCUCAGGGUCGUCCAUGCUGUCCUUGAUCUCCUUAAUCUUGGCGCGAAGGUCAUCGAUCUGCUUCUGGGAAUCGUCAAGCUGUCCGAAGUUCUUGCGCAUCUUCCGGAGACUGGAGAUAUCUGACAAAGCCUUCUUUUCGUCCACCAGCUUCAUGGUGCCGGAGUUGACCUUGUCGUCCAGACUAGCAAUCUGGCGGUCGAGGUCCUCGAGGCUCUUGAAGGGAACCUUGCUCUUCGCAGCCUUUUGCUCAUUGAUUCGGCUUCGAACUUGCUCAUCGAGACGCUUGAUCUGGUCGAGCUUAGUAGAACGGGCGUUCUUUCCGCCAGCCUGCUUCUGUCGAAUCUCGUUGGCCUGAGCAAUGAGCUCUUGUCGUCGCUUUUGGGUUGGGUUAGGCUGGUCCUUGUUCUUGUUGGGCAUAGCAAUCUCGAUCUUAGCCUUGACAGCAGCCUAGAAGAGUAUAAUUGUUAGUUGAUGCCGACUCCAAUAGAUAGUUCUAGCUCAUGAGGCCACAGAUGUGGAAUCUGGGUCGAUCCAAGCCACAUUUUCAAAGGGAGGGGGGGUUGAGCAAGAUCUUACCAGACGGUCCAUUGAAGCCUUGUGCUCCUUCUCAGCCUUUGCAAGUUCCUGCUUAAAGAGAUUCUCAUCGGGCUUGGCAGGUCGAACAUUAGCUUGCUUGUCGGCCUUGUCCGCCGCAGGAGCGGGAGAGGUAGCGGUUUCGGCCAUUGCGAUGAGAGGAGAGUACAAAGACGAGAACCAAGAUGAAUCAAGUGGAAGACAAGAAACCAGGAGCGAAAUUGCUCGAGGGUAAGUGAAAGUGCGAGGCUUAAAUUGAGCAAAGUUCGACACGUGUUGUCGAAAAGGAGGGAAAAAAAGACGACGACUCCAGAAUAAUGGAAGCUAAGGUAAGGUAUAGGUAGGUAGUGCAAAUGCAGUCUCGGCCAGUGGAAUUCUAUCACCUUCUGCUUCUGAAGUAAAGUUCUGGACCCGUGUCUCUUGCUGUGAAUUCUCGGGGCAGGUCCGUGCGCCCCUGAGCUGUCUCUCUUUCCAUUGUCUCCCGUCGCUCAGUAUCACUGCACAGGAGACAAGCAGCUCACCUGCACUCUCUGGGCUCUCUUUUUGCUCCUCUUAGGGG